CAUACUUUCUCAAUUUUGAGUGGUUUCAUUUCAUGAUAAGAGAAUCUGAUUGAGAAAGAAAAUAGGUCUUGUUCCUUUUUCUUUCUGAAAUUCACUUUGAUGAUGAUGAUUCAGUUUAGACCUUGUAAUGGGGUUUUAAGGCACACAUCAAUGUCUCCAGUAGUUCAGAGAAAAAGGGAAGGAACUAGAAGAGAAGUGUUCAUGCGAGCAGAAGAAGCCGUUGCCUCUAGAACCCAGAAAAUAAUGGAAAGAAUUUCGAUGAGUGAUGAGGUUGGUGGUGCUGGUGGAGCAUACUCAUAUGAUGCCUUGAAGAGGCUGGAUAAUAUUUGGUCAAGUAUCUGUUCCGCACAAACAGUUCAGCGAGAGCCUCAGCAAGUAGUUUCUAGUUUUCCUGGUAUUUUAAGUCAUUCUCGUCUGGCUGAAAAAGCAGUGGAUAUAUUUGAUGUGGUAGUUUGUGGAGGUACUUUAGGCAUCUUUAUUGCCACAGCCUUGAGUAGCAAAGGUCUCCGAGUUGGAGUUGUGGAAAGAAAUAUCCUAAAAGGGAGGGAACAAGAAUGGAAUAUCUCGAGGAAAGAGCUUAUGGAACUGGUAGAAGUUGGCAUAUUGGAUGAAAAUGACAUUGAACAAGCUACAGCUGUGGCAUUCAAUCCUAAUAGAUGUGGAUUUCAGAAUAAGGGUGAAAUCUGGGUUGAAGGCAUUCUUAACCUUGGAGUUUCGCCUGUGAAGCUUAUAGAGAUUAUGAAGAAUCGUUUUAUUUCCCUUGGUGGUGUGAUCUUUGAGGGUUAUUGCGUGUCCAGCAUAGGCAUAUAUGAUGAUGCAGCAGUCUUGCAACUUGCUGAAGGAAACAUUUUAUCGUCUCACCUCAUCAUUGAUGCAAUGGGAAACUUUUCACCUUUGGUGAAACAGAUAAGAUGUGGAAGAAAGCCAGAUGGUGUUUGCCUUGUCGUUGGAUCUUGUGCCCGUGGUUUCAAGGAUAAUUCUACAAGUGAUGUCAUAUAUAGUAGUUCAUCUCUGAAAAAGGUUGGAGACACAGAAGUACAGUACUUUUGGGAGGCAUUUCCAGCUGGGUCUGGUCCCUUGGAUCGUACCACUUAUAUGUUUACUUAUGUUAACCCUCAGCCAGGUUCUCCAAAAUUAGAAGAUUUAUUGGAAGACUAUUGGGAUUUGAUGCCAGAGUAUCAGGGAGUUUCUAUUGAUAAUCUGGAAAUUUUGAGAGUUAUAUAUGGCAUUUUCCCCACCUAUCGUGACAGUCCAUUGCCAGCAGCAUAUAAUCGCAUCUUACAGUUUGGUGAUGCUAGUGGGAUACAAUCUCCAGUGUCUUUUGGUGGUUUUGGGAGCUUGACUAGGCAUAUUGGAAGAUUAUCAACUGGAAUUUAUGAAGCAGUCAGUGGAGACUUUAUUGACUCGUACAACUUGUCGCUGCUGAAUCCUUACAUGCCUAACUUGAGUACUUCAUGGCUUUUUCAAAGAGCAAUGUCUGCAAAGCAGCAGUCUAAUGUAGCUCCUGAUUUUAUUAAUGAACUUCUUUAUGCAAAUUUUAAGAGUAUGCAGGUAAAUAUACAUCACUAGGGCAAAACCAAAGGUUUGCCAAUCUACUAUAGAAAAGAAAAAGCUUGCCCAUCACCUUAUACUUGUCUCCUAGUUCAUUCAUUGCCUAUUGAACUUCUGUUUCUCUUCUCCAGAGGCUGGGGGAUCCAGUGCUAAGACCAUUUCUUCAGGAUGUUGUACAAUUUGGACCUCUUGCAAAGACAUUAGGCCUCGUAAUGAUAACUUCACCCCGAAUAAUUCCAUUAAUAUUCAAGCAGGUAAUUAAACAUUUGGUGUGGCCCUUUAGCCCUAUUUCUUCUUGUCCUUAUUUGAUCAUUAGAAGAGAGGUUGUUUAAUACUUUUGAAGAAUGAGUUCUCAUAUUCUUUAUGUUGCUUGAAUUCAUUUUUCAAAUGAGUUCCUUCUGUUUCUUCAAUUUCCAUAUUCAUUCUAAAAGAAUUAAAAUAAGAGAAGUUCUAACAGUGUUAUUCUUUGCUCAAGUUUCAAAAUAUUCCAAAAGGUAUUUUGUGACUGCUAGUAUAUUUUAUGUCUUUAGAAUUGAAUCUUGUUAGUAGCUGUCCAAAAAGAAAUUUGGAAGGAAAAACCAUGUUAGGCAUAUUGGUUUCCUUGUCCCUACCAUUAAAUGAUUAUGACCUUUUCACCAGCACCAAACUGCAUUUGGUUAUCUUUAGGUUGGUAUUCCUGUUGUUCGUGACUGGUCUCGACAUUUUUUCAUGCUUGGAUACUAUACAUUGCUCUCAUCGUUGGUGGACCCUUUAAUAAGGCCGUUGAUAAAUGCAUUUCCAUCAAAGAUGAAGUAUGAAUGGAAGAGGCACCUUGAGGCUUGGAAAUAUGGAUCCGGUUUAGAUUACAAGCUGUGAGUCUGUGACAGAUUAUAACUGCAGUAAUGAAGAUUGGAUUUCGUAUACUUUUGUCAACUAUCCUGAUUCCACGAGUAUAAAGUCAACAAUUCAGAAACUUGCAAUCCCAUCUACACUAAUUGGAAGGCCUGUUUAUGAUUGACAAUUCAUUACAUGCUAUGGAAUUACACAUUUGAAAUAAGAAACCAAGAGAAGUUAC